AGACUCGUCACUUUAGUUUUACGUCACACGUGUUUCCUCAAACCCUUCGUUUUUUUCUUUCGCUUUCUCGCCUUCCAAACAGUUGCUAAACCCCACCUCUGUUUACAUUUUGUUUUUUUGGGUCUAGAUUUUUUACAAUGUAUUGACCGAAUAGUGUCGAAGUGGAAUUAGAGUUUGAGUUUUGUAGUUUUUUGUUUUGGAAUGGGGGGCAUGACGUCUUCGAUGGCGGCGAAGUUCGCUUUCUUUCCGCCGAGUCCGCCGUCGUAUGAGAUAGUUACGGGAGCGGGGGACGAUUUGACCGGGAAGCUGGUGAUGUCGGGGGUGGUCAUGAGGGAGAACGUUGACAUUUUAAAGCUGGAUACGAAGAGAGGGAAUCAGGUGGUGGCGGUUUAUAUUAAGAACCCUGCGGCUCAGUUGACUUUGUUGUACUCGCACGGUAACGCUGCUGAUCUGGGUCAAAUGUACGAGUUGUUUUAUGAACUCAGUGUCCAUCUUCGAGUUAAUUUGAUGGGGUACGAUUAUUCUGGGUAUGGCCAAUCAACUGGGAAGCCAAGUGAGCAAAAUACUUAUUGUGAUAUAGAAGCAGUGUAUAGAUGCCUUGAAGAAAAGUAUGGGGUGAAGGAGGAAGAGGUUAUCUUAUAUGGGCAAUCAGUUGGGAGUGGACCCACUAUAGAUCUGGCAACUCGGCUACAGAGAUUGAGGGCUGUAAUUCUACACAGUCCAAUCGUGUCUGGCAUUCGUGUUCUGUAUCAAGUGAAGCGAACCUACUGGUUUGAUAUAUUUAAGAAUAUUGACAAAAUACCAUUUGUGAAUUGUCCAGUUCUAAUCAUUCAUGGAACUGCUGAUGAUGUUGUUGAUUGGUCCCAUGGUAAGCAGCUUUGGGAUCUCUGUAAACAGAAGUAUGAGCCACUGUGGAUUAAAGGAGGGAAUCAUUGUGAUUUGGAGCUUUACCCACAAUACAUCAAGCAUCUCAAGAAAUUCAUAUCAGCCAUUCAGAAAUCACAUUUGAGAAAUGGAUCCGGACUUGUUAUGGAGCAACCAGGGAAUCCUCGGAAGAGCACAGAUUUUAGAGAUACAUCCACACCAAUUACAGAUCAGAGAGAGAAAUGUAGACCAAGUACUGACCAAGGAGAAAGACCAAGAGUAAGCAUUGACCAUAUAGAGAAAUCAAGAGCCAGUGUUGGUGGGAGAGAGAAAUCAAGAACCAGCGUUGGUAGGAGAGAGAAACCAAGGGAGAGUGUGGAUCUCCCUGAGAAAACUGUUAUUGGGACAGAGUUGCCAGAGAAAGCCAGGAACAGCAUUGACCGGUUAGGAGGCAUGAUGAAAUCGGUUAGACUAUGCAGUAUUGAUUGUUUUAAGCCUACAGCAACAAGAGUCUAGAAAGGGAGAAAGGUCAAUCGAAAAACUGCAGUUGUAAUAUGCUUCUCGUUUAUUUAUUUGAUUGGUCAGUGGGGCUGUCUCGGUGAUAGGAAAAAUAUCUCAUUGUUUUUUUAUAUACUUUUUCAGAUAAAAAUAGGAAAUUAAUUUGAUCAAGCUAAUUAUGUAUCUCAAUUUAUUGUCUUUCCAAGUUGAUAAAUCUUGCCACCUUGAUCCAUUUUUUAUUUUGAAUGGACCUGAUUACAAUAUAAAAGUGGACAUUGAUGGAGUCUCGAAUCUAGAUUGGCCAUGUCCCUCCAGAAAGCAAAUCCUUAAUGUCAGGUUUUUCUGUCAGUAUCGGUUCCAAAUGAGGUGACUACUUAGCUCGAUAAGAAAAUAUCCUGCACCCAAGUCGGCUUGGGAGUAGGAACCAGAAAGCCAGAUUUUGCAGUAGUACACUGAUUACUUUUGCUAGUAUUUACUCUGUAAUGGACUUUUGAGAUAGCAUUUCAGUUCUGAUUAUGGCUAUUGUCUGUAAAUAUGUGAGUGUGGUUGAAGCUUAUUUGUAUGCUGCUACUAAAUCAAAUCAAUAAAAUAUUCCAGAAGGAAGGCUUGAGUUCACUGACAGCCCUCUUCAGGAAGUUUUGUCCUUCA